CCGAUAUCGCAAACUGAGAAGUUACUAGAGACUGCCGGCAAGUUCCAUAUACCUCCCCCUGUACUAAACUCUACCCAGGCAGAGUGUGGGUCUCAGCCACCGGGACAACAUACAUGCACUGAGUAAUGCCAUUAUUAGCAACGUUCAUAAGGGCAACAGAUAGUUUGUGAAGAGGGGAACUUCCUCGUUGUGAUCUCUUAGACUGAGCAGCCGGUAGGAGCCAGCAAGAAGACAUGCCACCAAAACAGAAGUCCAAGUCCUGGGCUGAGCUGAAACAAGCUGGCAAUGAAUGUUUCAAGACAGGCCAAUAUGGCGAAGCCACAAAUCUCUACAGCCAGGCAAUCAAAGCGCUGGAGAAGAACAGUAAAAGGAAUCCAGAGGAUUUGUCCAUUUUGUAUUCAAACCGUGCAGCCAGCUACCUGAAGGAUGGCAACUGUGGGGAAUGUGUGAAAGACUGCAAUAUGUCUCUGGAGUUAUCCCAGUUCAAUGUGAAGUCUCUGCUUCGUCGUGCUGCUGCCUCCGAAGCUCUGGAGCGUUAUAGGCAAGCUUACGUAGACUACAAAACUGCUCUACAGAUUGACUGCAACAUAGCAGCAGCUCACGAUGGCACCAACAGGAUGACAAAGGCACUCACAGAGACAGACGGUCCGUCAUGGAGAGAAAAGCUUCCUCCCAUUCCCACAGUUCCUCUGUCUGUGAAGGAAAAACUUGCCCAAAAGUCUGCAGGCAAUGUCACCCAACAAAGUCCAACACCUCAGCAGAAUGGCACAACGCAAACAAAAAAACCUGCUCCCAGUGAUAAAGAGAUAAAGAAAGCUCAGGCCUUAAAAGAAGAAGGCAAUGCCCUGGUGAAGAAAGGAGAGCACAAGAAGGCCAUAGAGAAGUACAGCCAGAGCCUCAAACACAACCCUACAGAAGUCACCACCUACACCAACCGGGCGCUGUGCUACCUGUCAGUGAAGCAGUACAGAGACGCCAUCAGAGACUGUGACGAGGCGCUGGUGAUUGACAGCAACAAUGUCAAGGCUCUCUACAGGAGGGCUCAGGCUCACAAGGAACUCAAGGACGUCAGAGCCUGCGUGGACGAUCUGAACACUCUGCUGAAAGUGGAACCAAAGAACUCGGCCGCCUUGAAGCUCCUGCAGGAAGUGCAGAAGAAGAAAUGAGGACAGGUCAGGGACUAGAGGCAGCAGUAAGGAUGUGUCACUGCUCUGAGUGCAAGAAGCCAAAGUCAUCUUUUUUUAUAAGAAUCAGUUGGUGGAAAAUAGCAGAACAGUGACAUGAUUCUACUGUCUGUGAGUCCAAGACCAGGCCCGUGUUUCCCAAAACUCCUUCACUGAAUUCCUGUUUGAUGUGUUUACUCUCACUUGAACAGACAUGAAGUUGGUCUCAAGGUGCUUGUAGAAAACCACAUCAGCUCUGGAUACUUAGAAAUGAUGUUGGAAUAGGAAUGAAGCAGCCUUGGAAAUAUUUCUUUUACCACUUUUAGCUUGUCAGUUUCCAAUCAUCCAGUAUUUAUGGUUAUUUAUUUUACUCACACACCUCAACCUGGUUCUGAGAAUAAACGUUUACCAUCGUCAUUUGUAAAACUUGAGCAGGCAGUCAGCUAUCGUGACGCUCCUGCUGGGUGCCAGAACUUAAAUUUGAUGUUAAUGUAUGUUUUGACAAAUAAAUUUACCUCAAGGGUAUGCACCUAAGGACUUUUCCAAGACAAAAAACUAUGAUCAUAUUCAAACCCUGUGAAACAGGUCAGUCAACAAGUUUACUUUGCUGAUGCAAAAUCUGAGAUGCAGCUGAAUUCUCCAAAAAAUAAGCCAAGUUGAAUCAGACAUGACAUAGAAAUCUGAGAGACUACAGGAAUAGCAAAGAGGGUGGCUCUGUGGGUAGGGUUGGCGCUUACUAUCGGAGCUUGAGUGUCAUGGUACCACUACAUGGCCAUAAAUGGCAUGAGGAAGGCAAAAAAAUGCCUUCAUAUUAGCAGGCUGAGGUCUUUUAGGUAACCAUGGAUAAAAUAUUAUCUUAAAGUUUGAUGAAUCCCAAAAGUUUUGACAGAAACUGAAAGAGUUUUUCCUUAGAAAUCAGUUGCUGUUGAGAAGCCCACUUUAGAGUUAAAUCACAAAGCUUCUGUAAACACUGGUGAUCAUAGACGUUAAGUUUCAAGGUAACAGCCAAUUCAGAUGUUUUUACUCUCAGGUAGUGUACUUAUUUAUCCCAUGUUUGGAGUACAUGUUUCUGUUUCUAGGUCCUUUGAUAUUUAUAAUGUCCAUGCCAUAUAGGAUAGCUUGCAUAGAUUUCCUCAGUAGAGUCUGAUCUAGUUAACUUGUGAGGCAGUCAUAUGCCUGCAGAGCUGUUUGUGUGAGAGUUCAAGUAGCAAGCCUUUUGCAGCAUAUCACUACAGUAUGUAUGCUUUGGAUUUAAUUUCCUGGAAUAAAGGAAAACGUUUCUUUGG